AAAAAACUAAUAAUUUUUAAUAUAUAUUUAAAAAAGGAAUAUCCUCUGCAUUGAAGGGGGACAGGCCAGGCUCACCCGAGGAUGGGCACCUGCUUCUGGACAAAUCCCCCCCCCCGGAAGAACGAAGGAACACACCUUCCCCUACUCUCAUACAAUGGUAGAGUUGGAAGGGACCCUAAGGAUCAUCUAGUCCAACCCCCACAAGGCAGGAAUAUGCAGCUGUCUCAUAUGAGGACUGAACUCACAACCUUGACAUUAUCAGCACCACGUUCUCAACAACUGAGCUGUCCACAUUUCACACAUGUGACAUAUUACAGGGCCAUUUCUUUUAUUGCAAGAUGAAGGGACAUUAUUGAAGGCUCUUCUUCCCCAUCCGACAUCCACUGGAGUCUACGGGAGGGGAGCCCACCGCUUCCCUCUGGGCACUGGAUUCAAACCUCCUACAGGCACCCCCAGAAUCUGCCCCCAGAGAGUGGCUGGGGCCUGGAAUUCAGGGUGCUCUAGGCGCCCUGGCUGUGUCACUGUGUCUGGCUGGAAUCUUUCAGUGCUGCCCCAGAGGGGAGCCAGGAGGGGGUGGCUGAGAAGACUCCCCUCCUGGUGCCAUUCCCUGGGCAGGGGGGCAGCCUGCUCCCAGACCGGGAGAAUUCUCUUUGGCACAUGGGGCUCUCAAGGGCCAGGGGGGCCUUGCUAGGCUCCUCAGUCCCGAGAGUCUCAUAAGGAGAGCCGGCUGCAUCAGGCUGGUGGUCCAGCUAGUCCAGAAUCUUAGAACUGUAGAGUUGGAAGGGACACCUAGAGUCAUCUAGUCCAACCCUCUGCGAUACACAGCCGGGGCACCUGGAUCCCCCUUAACUCCCCCCCCCCAAGAGAAACCUGCCAGCAGGACCUGAGCACAAGAGCUCUCUCCCCUCCUGCAAUAUUCAGAAGCAUUGCUUUCUCCAAGCUUGGAGGGUGGAUCAUGGCCAUUGUGGCAGCCAGCCCUCAUCUCCUGCUCUUGCUGAGCCCCUGGAGAGACUGGCCCAGCAGGCAGCCAGGCCCCCCUGGUCGACUCCCUUCCCCAGAGGCAGAAUCCCAAGGGCGACCUGGAGGUGGAAGAGCGUUCCUCAACCUCCAGGCCUCUGCACCUGAACUGCCCAGGACUUCCAGGGAAGGCCAGUGAGGAGCAGUUGGAAAGCUGACCCAAAGAAAAGGGGGCACAAGGGCUCAGUGCCAAGGAGGCCCAGCCCAAAGCACAGGAGCGGAGUCACAGAGCUCCAAAAAGGGGUUCACUCCAGAUGAAAUCACCUGUAGACUUGCUGCCCUCAGCUGACACCCCCAGAAAAGACGUCUCUAACCCCAACUUGUCCUCUUCUCUUGGGCCGUGGACCAAAGAGCAGCAACAGAGCCCUGGAUCAGGCCAGAGGGCCACUGCCUUGUCCCGGCUCCUUCCUCCUUGCCACCUGGCUAGCCGGAGGCCCCCCAGGCAGGGGACUAGGAAGACCCCCGCCCCUGCAACACCUCCCGGGGCUCAAAGGCAGCCUAUGGCGGGAGCCGCGUCGGCACAGGGCUGCCGGCCAGAGGCCACUGCCUGGCUGGGCGAAGUGGUCCUCUCUCCGCCGUCUCCAGUCGGGGCCCGUCGAGGAGGCGUCGCAUCUGCCCCCGGCCAGCCUGCCGGUCUCCCGCAGGAGCAAACCUGUGCCGGGGUGGCGGCGGGAGAGGAGAGGAGCAGCCCGCCGGCCCGGGGACUGGCAAGGAGGCAGCCCGCUCCGCAGACCCCUCCGCCGCCGCCGGGUGCCCCUCGGAGCAGCUCCCCGGCUCCACCUCCGCGGCCCCGCAGCCAAUCCGGCGCGGCCGCCCGUCGGAGGAGCCUCUUCGCCAGCCGGACCCGCCUCCCGCCCCGUCUCGCCUUCGCUCGGGCGCCGCGCAAAGGAGGCAGCAGCGCACGGCCAGGACGCGCAGGAGGAGCAGCCGGCGAUGGAGCGCGCCCCCCGGCAGUCACCCCUCCGCCGCGCCGCGCUCUAGACCCCGACGCCCCGCUCCCGAGUCGCCGCCCGGCCCAGUCGGUAAGUCCGCCGCCGAGCUGGCCGCUCCCUCGACGGCUCGCUCGCUCGCUUCUCCGGCUCCGCGUUCGCGCUUGCAGCCGGAGUUUCUCCGGAGAAGUUGGCGGGGCCGGGAGCGGGGAGACUCCGCCAAGCGCGCCGCACUCAUAGGUUUGGCCACUUGCACGGGCCAGCCAGGAGUCGCCCGUCCGCGCUUCCUUCCUGCACGUCCCGCGCAAGAAGGCGGCCGCCAGUGGCGCAUCAGCUUCGCCUACCUCGCAGGGUUGUUGUGCAAAGCGAAGCCCUCCUCUAGCGGCGGGGCCUGACUCGCUGGCCCGAUGCCCAGCAGCGAGGGGCAGCUCGGAAGCCUGUUCCGUGGCGCCUCCCCACGGACAGAGCCUGCGCUGGGCAUGGACGAAGUCCCGGGUCGAGUCCCCAAGUCGGGCUGGGAGCCUUGCCGGAGACGCGGCAGACGGACUCCGGAGCUCGGUGGGAGCCAACUCCUAGGGCUCGAGGGGUCUUUGCACCCCCUUAAAUAUUUGAGGGCCCUGGGCUCCCCCAAAAUUAAUGGGCAUUGUCAUUCAAGUGGUGCGUGGUCGAUUAUGCGGGGGCCCCAAUAUUUUAUUCAAGUUGGUACCCAGGCAGCAGCUCCCCUUGGUAAGUUGGCAACCCAGGCAGGGCCCAGGCUCCCUCUCCUUGGACCAAUGCAAGGGGCUACCCCCCCCCUUUGCCUGCCUGGCCUGGCACUCCUGUACAGUGAUCUGGGUUCAGCUCUGGGACAGAGCAUGUGCAGAGUGUUUUUCCUCCCUUGCCACUACUAAGUUAUCUCAUUGUCAUUCCCAGGGAGUAUUCCUCUGAAAGCCGCGUCAAAAGAGCACCUCGUUUCUAUGGGCCUCCGUCAAGGCAGCUUCCAGCCGGAUGGGGGGCCUAGCGGUCCUCUAUUCUGCUGAGCUUAAUGGCACCCCAAAUCUCACUCCUGGGGGGGGCUGCACAUCCCCCCCCCGAUGGGCUCAGUACCACUUGCCUUUUCCCUUCCCGCUUCCCAAGCAAAGCAGGUCUGGGAGAGGAACUCUGAGCCAAGAUUCAGGAGGAGGGGGUUUUGGGGUGUCUUGGCCGACGCUGGAGAAGGAGGCUUGGGAGAGCCAGCAAGGGCUGGCAGCUCCCUCACUGCUGGCGUCAGGCAUGGACUCCGGGGGCCCCUAUGCUGGGCUGGGAUGAGAGAUGUGGGUUGCCUCGUGGAACAAACAUGUAGGGAAAGAGUCUGGCGGUCUUCCCUUCUCCUUGAGUUGGAACACCCUUUCCCGCACAAGGUUUGGGGGCUGGCUGGGCAUUUUUGCCCUGCCCCCCCCCCGCACGGGUUCCUUUCUCUUCUCUGCCUUUUCCAGCCCCUGUGUUUAUUUUCUUCCGUACUUUAUGAGUGGGAUUCUGGGAGGUUCUGUAAACAGAGUGUCAGAGGCAGGAAGGAGCUGUGUGAAUGAAUGACAAGCUUGGAAGUCAUCCAAACGCACCCUCACCCCGACCCGACCUGGGGUGGCUCUGUCACUUCCGGCCUGCUGCAGGACUGCCCCCCACGGGGGCCGAGGGAGAGGGGUGCAGGGCCCAGGGCCACUGUGCCAGGUGCCAGCUUCUCUCUCUCUGUGUGUGGUGCCAAUCAGGAGAGAUUGCAGGGAAAGGUCUCUUCUUCCAUUUCGCUGGCUCUCCUGGUGUUGCCGGGGGCCAGGCUGGGGCUGUAGCUUCAAGAGUGACCACUUGGGGUUCUGGUGCAGGGCAUCAGGCAGAGGUGCGGCAGGGGGCCUCCUGCUCAUUAUACAUGCAUGUGUCCCUUGGGUGCUUGUGGGAAGGGCAGGGCGGAACAGACUUUUUCCUGCUUUAUGGAGACAGAGAAUUCCUUAUCCCUCCUUGAGGGUGGCAGGGAAACGGUAGCCUGAGAAUUGGUUUGCCUGGGGGAACUAGACUGCAAAUGUUAACCUGGCCAAAGCAGCCGGUCUCUCUUUAGGAGCUGUCGUCUUGUGGGGCGAUGGGGGGCAGGAGUGGCUCUAGAGGUAGAAAUCUCAGGACUCAGAGCACACUAAGAUGCUCAGGAUUCCUUGGGUCAAUCUGCAGUUUAGAGAUACAGUAGUGAAUCUAAGGAAGAAAUGUAUUUUGUUUGUAAAAAAUGAUACCGCCUUAAUAGAAUAAUGAAAAAAAAACCUUAAGUGGUUUAGAUAAAAAAUGCAACAAAUAAUUAUGUUUUGGAAUUAUUCUUCAAAACAAAAUCCCUGCUGCUUUUCCCCUUCCACUGUCCACCUCCCCCCCCCCAAGUCGCCCCCUGGACCAGUCAAUAAAGGCCUUGGCAUACUUUUCUGUAAGUUGGCACAGAAUGCGCGACUGCUUCAAGGAACAAGCUGAUUUUUCAAAUGCUACAGGGCUCCAUGGAGCCACAGGUUCUGAACAUAUUUCCGAGGGAUCCAGGGUUUGAACUGGAUUGUGCUCUCUCCUACGAGGGAAACUGAGGCAGGGCUAGUGGCAGAGAAUGGGUUGUGUGCUCAACAGAUGUGCAGCUGCCGCCCUGCCGCUUAGGGGCCCUGUAUAUGUUGCUGUUGUAGCUGCUCAGGUUAGAUACUGCGGGGUGGGGGCCAGGGGUCUGCAGGCCACACAUGUGCCAUGGCUGGGGGCACAAUGCCCAGGGAGGAGGGGAAGUAGCAGGCAGGGUGGCACAGAGGGCACCCGAGGUUUGGCAAGCUAACAUCCAAUAAUUUAGCAAGCCCAGCCCAACUGCUACAACAACCUGCAGCAGUUGCAUUUGGGUGGUUUAAAAGCAGUAAAGAUGAUGGUUUGCGCCCCCACUAUGUACCUUGUUAAGACAGAGGUAAAGCUGGAGAGCAACAGAAUUGUAGAGUAGAAUGGGGCACCCAAAGUUCAUCUAGUCCAACCCUCUGCAAUGCAGCCAUCUCAACUAAAGCAUCCCUGACAGGUGGCCACCCAACCUAUUUUCAAAAAGCUCCACUGAAGGAUUGUCCACCACUUCCCAAGUCAUUCUCCUUGCUCUUUAUGAUUACAAAAUAAGAGCCCUGAUGAAUCACACUGACAGCCCACUUAGACCAGCACCCUGUUUCCAAGAGGGGACAGGCAGGUGCCUCUACCAAACUCACAGCCAGGCUUGAAGGCAACAGUCCUUGCUUCUUCUGCUGCCCGAGUGGCUGGUGUUCAGAGGAAUGCCACCUCCAAGACUGGCAGGUCCUCUGCACUAAUUCACCUCGAUCUCGAGGAUGCAGAGCCGUCACCUUGCCAAAUAAACCUUAUGUUUUUGUUGUUUUUGUUUAGUCGUUUAGUCGUGUCUGCCUCUUUGUGACCCCCUGGACCAGA